UCCUUCUCCCCCCAUCCAUCUGCUCUCUCUCUCUCUCUCUCUCUCUCUCACAGCUCAUCUCAUCCGCAAAAUGGGUGGACUCUCCGCCGCUUCUUCUCACUACUGCCACACCCACAAGGCUUUCCUCUUCUGCAACUACACCCUCCUGGGCGCCGCCACCAGCUGCGUCUUCCUCACCCUCUCCCUCCGCCUCCUCCCCUCCGCCUGCGGCCUCCUCCUCAUCGCCCUCCACGCUCUCACCGCCAUCGCCGCCGCCUCCGCCUGCGCCACCACCCCCGCCUCCACCCCCCGCUGGCACGCCGCCCACAUGGCCUCCACCGUCCUCGCCGCCAUCUUCCAGGGAGCCGUCGCCCUCCUCGCCCUCACCCGCGCCCCCGACUUCCUCGCCGAGCUCCGCUCCUACGUUCGUGAGGAGGAUGGCGAGGUCAUCCUCAAGAUGGUCGGCAGCCUCGGCCUCGCCGUCUUCUGCCUCGAGUGGGUUGCACUCACCCUCGCCUUCGCGCUGCGGUACCACGCCCACGUCGAGAGUGGCGACCCGGCGAGGCGUAGCUCCAAGGUCGGCGGCGAGGAGGAGCUCAAGAACUGGCCAUGGCCAUUUCAAGUAUAAGGAAGGGGAGAAUGGUUCCCAUUCUACCACACCAUAUAUGAUGCUCUACUCUACUAUUUUACUUGGAUGUAUGUGUUGGAAUUAUUACUUCUGGAACUAUAUGCUUAUAGUGCUUAUCUAUUGAACCGAUUCCUUGAAUCCA